UCUCCCCCCUUCAUCUACACGGAUUGAAGUGGAUUUAACUAGUGACAUCAGUAAGGGAUCAUAGCUUUAGCCUGGAUUCACCUAGUCUUUCUAAGUCAUGGAAGGAGCAGGUGUUCUUAAUGUUUUGUCUACCCAGUGUAAAGCACUACAGAUAAUCAAGUGCUAUUUGCAUGUGAUGCGUUUGUUCUGUUGUUUACAGGAUGAUUUGUAUCUUAUAGAGCGUGGCUUUAAGGGAAUUAGUAUGGUCACAUGUAGAUAAAAAAGAAUGUGAAAAAUUAACAGAGAAAAUGUAUAUCAACACACUACCUAUUCAUAUAAGUAUUUAUUAAUCAUCUACAUUUUCAUAUUGAGCUUCUACGUCUGUGUACAGGAACGUAUUAUUUGGAAGAGAAAAUGUAUCAGCUUAUUAUUAAAUAAUUAUGACGUUCUUUCCAAUACAAAAAGUGUUGUCACUAUUGUUUCCAAACUGCGUUACCCCCUCCAGCCAGCAGAUGGCGAUGAGCGUCUUUCAGUUGUCUCUUCUUGCGUGACGUAUAAUGGACUGGACGGACGCUUCUUCAGGGACAACAAGGCGCCAACUCUUUCGACCACCUCGGUAGCUUGUAGCCAACAUAAAAGUGAAAAAUUGACGCUUUAGACCAUGUUAAUGUACAUUAUCUAAUCUCAGUGUUUUAAACACAGUUCUGUUGACGUAUUAACUGGUUAACUGUAACCUAAUUUGCAACGAUUUAUGCUGAGCCGAGCACUAGGCUAUUCGCUAAUGCUAACUAGCUAGCUAACAUCCCUGACCAUGAGCUCACUAAACUACUCAUCCCCUGCUAAUGAAGAGGAGGUCUGCUGUUUUAAUGUACAUUAGCUAACCUCAGUGUUUUAAACAAGUUGACGUAUCAACUGGUUCAAUUUGCAAACGUGUUAAAGAUUGAUACUGUGCCUAGCACUAGGCUAGACACUAAUGCUAGCUAGCUAGCUAACAUCCCUGACCAUGAGCUCACUAAACUACUCCUCCCUUGCUAAAGAAGAGGGUGUCUGCUGUAUGGAGAAAGACUCUUUCAGAAUGAAAAAGGAGGAAGAGGAGGCUGUUAUAGUGAAAGAAGAGAAAGAACCGUUUAGAGAGGAAGAUGAUGCUCUCUCAAUAAAGGUGAAGGAGGAAGACGUUUUGGGGGUGAAAGAGGAAGAGACGGAAUAUCAGAUUAACACCAGAGAGAGACAUGACUAUGGUGGAUCCUCUGGGGAGCUUCAACAACAUCCUGAUGCUGACGAGGAAGAGAAGAGUCUCUCCAGAUCAGAACACCAGAUGGACAACGCUAGCCCUUCCUCCCUCCCGGAGUCCCUGUAUCGUGCCUCUCCCGGUAUCACCUUACUGCUGGGUAUGAAGAGGUUGUCUGUGCUGCUGGUGGACUGCAGGAAAACAACGGGGCUGAGUGGAACUGUGAGAGGAGGAGAAGAGAAGAAAGGAUCAGAUUUGACACAUCAAAAGGAACCAGAGCCAGGGACGUCCAAACCAGCAAGACGACACCAGUGCUCCCAGUGUGAAAAGAGUUUUAAACAGAAAGCACAACUGAAAACACACAAGAGAAUACACACAGGGGAGAAGCCUUACCACUGCUCCCAGUGUGGAAAGUGUUUCAACCAGAGUGGACACCUGAAACAACAUGAGAGAAUACACAUAGGGCAGAAGCCUUACUACUCCUCCCAAAGUGCAAAGCUUUUGCCCAUUUAGAAAGCCUGAAAGAACACAUUAGACUACACACAGAGGAGAAGGCUUAGAAAAGCUCAGACUGUGGGAAAACAUAUUACUCAUAACAGUCAUUUAAACGUCAUUAGAGAAUCCACACAGGAGAGAGAAAUUACUUCUCUUAGCGUGUAUGUUGAUAUUUUACAUCACAUUGACUUAACAUUCAUCAGAGAACAUACACAGUGCUCCUGUUGUAUUAUAUUGUUGACUGACAAUGUGUUUACCUGUCUUUACCAUAUGUAAUUAAAUGGUACAGGGUAUACUCUACUGUAUAUAGCCUCCACAUUGACUCUAUGUAGUAUACUCAAACAUAUAUAUUUGUAUGUUUUUAUUUAUUAUUAUGAUUUUAUUUAAAAACAUGAAUUGAAUAUGGAGUAUGUCAGUUUGAAUAUAAAGGAGAUCAGAUUCCAUGUGUUUAAAUGGUCCUUUUUAAACUCUCUGUGUUUAUCUGGGUGUGUCAUUCCUCCAGCACUACAGAUAAUCAAGUGAUAUUUGGAUGUGAUGCAUUAGUUCCAUUGUUGACAUUUGCAUUGUUGGCCCACUGAUGAUUUAAUGAAAUGAAAAUGUUCAGACUCUGUAAUGGAAAAUGUUAAUUGUAUGUGUCCACAUAUCUGAGUAUGUGACUAACCUUGUGAAACUGUCCUAUUAUAAGCUCCUGUUCUUGGGAGUAUCAUCCUGUGUUGCAAACCAAUUUGCACCUGUGUCCUUGUAUGAAUAAAGUCCCGCCCAGGAACAGGAAACUAUAAAGAUAUGUGCUAAUCACUCAAUGCUUCAGUAAUUCAGACUGUCUCCACUGCGCUGUGUAACUCUGUUAUUCUCUCUGAGCUCAGAAAUAAAGAAUCUUGGUUUGA